UGUUUUCAUCAGUGCCUCAAACCAGAGAAGAUAGCUUUUUAGCCUGUGCGAAUGAGCUGGAGUCUUGGAGGGAUUAACCUGUCUGGUAAUUGAAUUUACAAAGAUUGAAAGUCCAGGUGCUGUCGGGGGAGUGGAGGACGGGACAGGAAUGGGACUGUGACUACAUGGAGAAUGUCCUCUGGGGCUACGGCUCUCCCACACUCCGCUCCACUCACCCUUUGGCACGGCACCGUGCAGAACACGUGCUGAGACCGAGUGUGGGGCAGAAGCGGCAGUGGGCUGAUGAAGAUGGAGAAUGACACAGGGAAUGAGCAGAACCAAACUGGGCUACCUCUGUCAAGCCAGGAGAUCAUUACAGCUGGAUACCAAGUGGUUACCAUCCUCUUGGUCCUCCUCAUCUGUGGACUGGGCAUCGUGGGCAACAUCAUGGUGGUUUUGGUGGUCCUCAGAACCAAGCACAUGAGAACUCCCACAAACUGCUAUCUGGUGAGUCUGGCUGUGGCAGAUCUCAUGGUGCUUGUGGCUGCAGGACUACCCAACAUCACGGAAAGCCUGUAUAGAUCCUGGGUGUAUGGAUACGUGGGGUGUCUCUGCAUCACUUACCUCCAGUACCUAGGGAUCAAUGCCUCUUCCUUUUCCAUCACUGCCUUUACCAUUGAGAGAUAUAUAGCCAUCUGCCACCCAAUCAAAGCUCAAUUCCUAUGUACUUUUUCAAGAGCCAAAAAGAUAAUUAUUUUUGUCUGGGCUUUCACCUCCAUAUACUGUAUGCUCUGGUUUUUUCUGCUAGACCUUAAUACAGUGGUCUACAAAGACACUACUGUUGUGUCCUGUGGCUACAAGGUGUCCAGGAGCUAUUACUCUCCUAUCUAUAUGAUGGACUUUGGUAUAUUUUAUGUUGUACCAAUGGUAUUGGCGACUGUCCUCUAUGGCCUGAUUGCUAGAAUACUGUUCCUGAACCCCAUCCCUUCGGACCCAAAAGAAAACUCUAAGACAUGGAGGAAUGAUGUGGCUCACCAAAGCAAGCCUGUGAAUUCCAAGAUGACUAACAGGAGUUUCAAUAGCACUAUUGCUUCUCGAAGGCAGGUUACCAAGAUGUUGGCUGUGGUUGUUAUCCUAUUUGCAUUUCUGUGGAUGCCCUACCGCACACUGGUCGUGGUUAAUUCCUUUCUCUCCAGCCCUUUCCAAGAAAACUGGUUCCUGCUAUUCUGCAGAAUCUGUAUUUAUUUAAAUAGUGCUAUCAAUCCUGUAAUUUACAAUCUCAUGUCCCAGAAAUUCCGAGCAGCCUUCAAGAAACUCUGCAACUGCCAGCAGAAACGGGAGAAGAAACCGGCCAAUUACAGUGUAGCCCUAAAUUAUAAUGUCAUCAAAGAGUCUGAUCAUUUCAGCACUGAACUAGAAGAUAUUACUGUCACCAAUACCUAUCUGUCCUCGGCAAAAUUGUCCCUUGGUGAUAGAUGUUUGUCAUCUGAGGCCUGAAGCCCACCUUGUUCUGAGUACACAGUCAUGUAAAACCUUUGGAUGCUCUGUUUCCACCAACCUGUAUGAAAUGUAAAGGCAUUUCUGCUCACAGAAUUGCAGGAGUUACCAUAUAUCUCUACACACUUGUCUGUGUCCUACAUGAAAAUGCAGCCUCUUGGGAAGUGAAAAGAAUAUACUGCUGAGUCUAACUGAACAAAGCACAUAACACAACAUAACUUUAAACAGGUGAGUUGACUUCAGAGGAAUACCCAAAUCCUUUGUCUCAUGUAUUGGUGUGGUCUGCGUUCUCAGAAAGAGCAAGGCUGCCGAGGACGCCUCCAUGGAUGCAGAGCGGGGCAGUGGAUGAUGUCCCACAUUACGAAUGAAAAGCACUUGCCUUUUCAUUUUAGCAAGAAGAGGGAGCAAGACCACAGGGGUAUCCUUCUUCUUGAGGACUUCUACCUCAAAUUAUGGGGAGUGUUUUAAAACCAGGCAGAAUGCGAUACCUGUGGGCAUUGGCCGGGGGCAGGCUGGCCCCUGAAGCCUGGCCUAUGAAGCACAGGAGCUGGCAGAGCUUUGGCUGGAGCAGAGCCAGCAGCUGAACCCAUGCAGGUGGUGUUGCAGUGUUUUCUAAGUCCUCUGCACUGGGGCUCUUCCCUAUUUACCUGGGGCCUGAGGCUUGCCAGCAUCUGCCUGAGCAGCACAGGCCAUCAGAUACGUGCAGUGGGGUUUGUGUCUGUGCAGAUGCUCCAUCACCAUGGUGUCUGAACACCCAGACAACUGGAAGGGAAAUGUCCAGACUCUUUGCUGCUUUUAAAAUAAUAAGGAAAAAAUAUAAUGACAAAGUCACAUGGCAGAUAAGCAGGCAAAGCUGACUGCAGUUCAAGAUUCAAAAGAGAAGAAUAUCAACGUUAUCGUAGAGUUAGUACCUAACAGUCGCAUCUCAUAGAUACAGUACUAUAACAGUGACAUACACUUUGAACAAGCCUUUGCUUUGUAGAGUUUGAUGUGAAAUUACAGAGUUCUAUGGCAUUGUAUGGCUCACACUUCCUUAAAGCUACAGUUUGCCACCAUAAGGGAAAGUCAAGGAGAGAUAUCAGUUAGGCAUCUAUUCAGUGCUUUCAGACCAGGCCCUAGCUCCCAUUUCUUUUCUUACUUAAAAAGUGAUCAGACCUCCAGGACAAGCAGCAGGCAAAGAUCAUGUGUACCAUGCAAACCUGGUUAUACUCUCAGAAACACAAUUGGCUGGGAUAAGAACUGAGCUAAAUAUUUGUGUAAUAACAGUAACAUGAAUAUACACUUUUAUCUUUACCCUUUUCAGAGUACAGACUGAACCACAACUCCUACAGACUGAGAAUAUCACAAGUAAAUUCUCACCUUAUUUGCCUUUUUGCUCAAAAAGUAAUUUUCUCCUUUCUCAGUCUCUGUCUCCAUAGUUCUUUUUUUUUUUUUUUUAGAUGCUCAGGUGAGGCAUUUAAGCCCAUAUUCUUAGUGAGGUUUCAUCAAGGGCUAAAAUCUACGUAGAUGAUUUUAUAUGCACCAUCACUUGGAAUAACAAAUGAAAAGGAAUUAAGGAAUUAUUUCAUGCUGAUGUUUAUUUGUGCAAACAGAAGUUAUUAUCCACACAAAACUGUGUGCACAACUACAGUACCUAAAAUUGCAGAUUUAAGUUAAGGUGUGAUUUUAACUCAUAAUGUGCUGUGACUAUGGCUUUAAGGAUGUUAUUCAUGAAAUCCAUGCUAAUUUUUUUAGUGAUUCCUACACCUAACACUACGAAACUUUACUAGAUAUCUUGAUAAUAUGAUUUUAGAUCUUUUUCUGUGUUUGCUCUUCUAACAGCAACCAACCUCUUUUUUUGUACCUAGAUGUUGUAGAUUGGAUAUAUGGGCAUGUAUUUACUUAAAAAUUUGUGUGAUUUUAUUAAUAUUAUAGCAAACUUUUUUGCUAGAAGCAAAAGUAACUGGAUGUCACAAUUACUGACUGCAGUAAUGUAACUAUCUUUAUAUACUUAUUUUGCAGAUAACAAAUUCCUUUGCAACAUUUAGUCUGAAAGAAUUGUCUGAUUGCUACUAAUAUUGAAAUCCAUGUCUAUAUCCUCAUUUAAUGGCUUUGAUGUAAGAGAUUGCAUUCUGAUUGCAUUUUUAUUUGUAACAGAAGAGAUGCUGCUGUAGCAUCUGACUUUUGGAGCUACACAGCUUCCCGUGUGAAAUACCAAGGUGUUGGAAGUUUCAGUGUUGGUAAAUUGUGCAGCUGAGAAUGGUUAGGUGUAUUGAAAACACACUUGGGUUCAAAUUAGUGCGUGACCUCUUUGUGGUCAGAGUUAAGGAUAUAUCAAAGCAGCUCCGAUGUAUUUUGAAGGGGUUUAUGAUUCUCCUGCGGAAGGGAAUGGCACAAGUCAAAUGGUGAAAGUCUCACUAGCUUCCCUUCAAAAACAAUUAUCCCGUACAACCGACUGAAGGACUGAUACUGCUUCAGGAGUUGCUGCCCUACUACACAGUGAAUGCUUGGAUCAGUCACUUGGCAUUUGGAAGCAGUCAAAUAUUUCUGGGUUGUUUUUUAAAAAGCAAUCAGAUCUAAGCAUUGUCACCAUGGAAAAAAACAUUAUUUCAACAAUGUGCAAAGCUAAAUUGUGCUUUCAGUAAUGUUGCAUAUGCUUAUUUAUUUCUCCACUAUUGUAUGAACUCUACUGUGUACAGUUGUUUUAUUUGUUACAAACUGUAGUGAAAUUUCAAAACGAUCUUUCAGUAUUUUGUUAUCUCUUCUUCAGACAGAAAUGUUUCUUUGCUGUUUUGUUCUUUUCAAUAAGAGAUUGUUUUCUCCUCAUUCUUUACUACUGGGAUACAGUGAUACAGAAACGCUCGUGAAUUGGUUCAGGCAAAGUGAUUGGGAGUCCAGAAUUCCUUAAUUUUGGAGCUGACCUGGUAAUUUGAAUUCACACAAACUACUCAAGAACAGCUGAUUUAGAAGGAAUUUCUUUUUCUGAUCUCAUUCAUUCACUGCAUGUGGUUUAUGAAUUUGUUUAUUAAUAUGAUCGUGAAAUUGUUCAGAGAAAUGUACUGCUGGUAACUGUAAUCCUUCUAAAAAUGAAGAACAUUUUUUGUUCAAAAGAAGCAUUUUGUAAUUCUUUGAUGCAUGCCACUGUGGAAAUUAAUUUGUGAUCGAUUUUGU